UAUAAAAUCGGCAUUUGCCAAUGUCAAGAAGGGGCGGGUCGUUCAAAAGGGACUUUCCAAUUGUGUACUUUCGGUUUUAUCAACUCGAACGUGGGGUACUCAAGUUUAGUCGCUGGCUGCUGCUGUAUAACUCAAUUAAUACGAAGAUUGCCCUUUAUAUGAUAUGCGUGUGUAACAUAGAACAUAGGCUAGAGUUAUUCUUAAUAGAUAUAGGCUAUCGUUUCCUUGACAUUCAGAAGAAAUUGCAACCUCAUUCGUAAGAGCCCACAUGCAAACAGCCUGUUCAGGAUGCCGAAAAUGAACUUAUCUCCCCUGCUCUUCCUGUGCAUGGAUGUGUGUGUGGUGCAGACAGUCCGCUUGGCCCAACUCUCCCCUCUUCUCCUCCACCAUCCCCUCAUCACCUUGUGGGGUGGAAGCCUGCUCCGUGCCGGCCUCCACCUCUUUCUCACCUUCAAAUUCCCUGGAAGUACCCCAUGGAUGAGCAGCUUCGAGGGGCUCCAGAGCAUGGGGGUCCUCUGCUUCCAUUGCCCACUCUACAUCAGCCUUCUCUGGGCAUGUGGCCAGUCCAUUCUGGGGCAACUAUGGGGAUGGCACUCCUGGCAGGGGCUACUUCAGGGCUACUGCGUAACAGUCGUAGCAUGUUUGUACUGGACACGCUACGUCCCUUCUCUUCUUACCAAGCCCACCAAGGAACCACAGAAGAAGACUGGGGCCUCUCUAGAGAAACUGUUGGGAUACAUGAAGCCUUAUGUCAUACGCUUUGGAGCCGUGCUGAGUCUUGUUGUCAUCUCCUCCCUUGGUGAGAUGGCUAUUCCCCACUACACCGGCCGAAUGACAGACUGGAUUAUGAAUGAAGACGAGCCUGAAGCCUUUACUCACGCCAUCACGGUCAUGUCUCUGAUUACAGUCAUGAGUGCUGUGUGUGAGUUUGUGUGUGACCUCAUCUACAACAUCACCAUGAGUCGCAUACACACCUCCAUCCAGGGCCUAGUCUUCCAGUCGGUGCUGAAGCAGGAGAUUGCUUUCUUUGACACAGCACAGACUGGUGACCUUGUGUCACGCAUCACCACAGACACCAACGACAUGAGUGAGUCUCUGAGUGAGAAGUUGAGUCUGCUGAUGUGGUACUUCAUGCGGGUCACUUUCCUCUUCAUCUUCAUGCUCAAUCUCUCCUGGAAGCUGUCCCUCUUCACCGCAAUGGGGCUUCCUAUCAUCUGGGUCAUACCAAAGAUAUCCGGCAAGUGGUACCAGGAGCUCGGUGCGAAGGUUCAAAAGUCACUAGCCCAGGCCAAUGACGUUGCCACGGAGACCUUCUCCUCUAUGAAGACAGUACGCAGCUUUGCCAACGAGGAGGGCGAGACGGAGCGCUACAGGAUGAGGCUAGAGAAGACCUACUCUCUGAAUAAAGAGGAAGCAGCAGCCUACGCAGCCUCAACCUGGACCAAUAGUAUGUCAAGCCUGUUCCUGAAGGUCAGUAUCCUGUAUUAUGGCGGUAGUCUGGUGACAGGGGGGACCGUCAGCAGUGGGGAUCUGGUGGCCUUUGUGCUCUACGAGCUCCAAUUCUCCUCUGCUGUGGAGGCCGUGAUGUCGUAUUACCCAAGUGUGAUGAGGGCAAUCGGUGGCUCUGAGAAGAUAUUUGAGUAUGUGGACCGACAGCCCCAAGUUCCUCCAGAAGGCACCCUUGCCCCACAGAAUCUUGAGGGACAUGUUGAGUUUAAGAAUGUCACAUUUACCUACCCUACCAGGGAAGAUACACCGGUGCUCAAGGGCCUGUCUCUGGAGCUGAGGCCUGGGCAGAUCACUGCCUUGGUGGGGGCUUCUGGAGCAGGGAAAAGCACCUGUGUGAGCCUGCUGGAGAGGUUCUACCUGCCCCAGGAAGGAGAGAUCCUAUUGGAUGGACAGCCACUGCACAGCUACAAGAACCAGUACCUACACGACAAGAUCAGUGUGGUGAGUCAGGAGCCGGUGUUGUUUGCUCGUUCUGUCAAGGAGAACAUCAAAUAUGGCAGAGAUGAUGCCACUGAUGAGGAGAUGUACCGGGCUGCUGAGCUGGCCAACGCCCACAAGUUCAUCUCUGACCUGCCCAAUGGCUAUGAUACAGAUGCCGGGGAGAAGGGAGGCCAGGUUUCAGGAGGGCAGAAGCAACGCAUAGCCAUCGCCAGAGCUUUGAUCAGAAAGCCUCGGAUUCUAGUGCUGGAUGAUGCCACCAGUAACUUGGACACAGAGAGCGAGCAUUUGGUCCACCAAGCUCUGCUCAAGGACUCAAACCCCUGCUCAGUGCUGCUGAUUGCUCAUAAGCUGAGCACUGUGGAGAAGGCCAAUCACAUUGUCGUUCUUGAGGAGGGAAAGGUGCUAGAGGAGGGGAGCCAUGUUGAGCUGCUGGAGAAAGGUGGAACCUAUGCUGACCUGGUGAACAAGCAGAACACUGGCUUCCAGCGCAAAGAAGGGGAGGAUCUGAAAAACUAAAACAGAGGCUCCAAUCCCAUGACAAUUCUCAAUUUACACUGAAAUCCCACUUCUGCCACCAUCUCACAUUUUCAACAUUAUUACCUACUAUUUCUACUGUAUCACAUAUGCUUUGCAAAUACUCUGAGAUCAUAGCAUCAAACUUUAGUUUAAUUAUCUCCCCUAAGUGAUUUUGAGGUACUCAAAGAAAAAACGAAUCACAAGAACAGUCCUGUAAUAUAAAAGGUUUCAUGCAAAGAGCACAUUUCUAUGUUCAACUUUCUAUUUGCACUAUACUGCAACUUAGGUAUUCUUAAUGCCCCAAAUGCAUUGUGUAUUUAUUUUUACAUUUAUUUUUGUUGAAUUGUUCUCCCACAUUUUUGUUAUAACUAUGUAAAUAGGGAUCCCAAAUAAUGUUUUGUUUUCUGUGUACAUUGUCUCGAAGGCAGUACAAUACAUUAGCCGUUUUCUGUUCUGUGUUAAUGACAAUAAACAUUCUGCUCUCUGAAA